CAUCCUGGUAUAGUCUUGUGUUUGUACUUUGCUCUGUAUCCGACGAUCUCUUGUACUUACUGCCUAUCAGUCCCUGAUUUGUUGCUCUUCUCCCUCUCGCCUUGUAUUUUUCUUUAAUUUAAUGCUCAUUAUGAUCUUGCUUGAUCCAAGUUCACCAAUCUCCAUAAUGCUCCUGUCCGAUAUCGUCCAGCCUUUGGUCUCGCGCCUGAAAGGUUCAAAACGUUCACGUCUCAUUCAUGCUCUCCCUCCUGAAAUUCUUCUCGAGCACAUUUUCCCUCUUUUGCCUCUUCAUAAUCUUCUUGCUCUACGAUCGGUAGACAAAAGAUUCUUCUACAUCACUCAUGAUUUUGUCGUCUGGAGGCGCAUGUUCAAAAGAAGCCACCUCCCUCUCCCCCUUAUUCACCCUCCCUUUCAGUAUACUCCUGCCAGAGAUCACCAUGUCGAAAGAGCUUUUAUACGCGCGUGUUCACUGGAGAAGAACUGGAGAAUAGAACCGUGCAUCUUAAAAGCCUACAUUCUGGAGACACCCGGCGACAAAGUUCUCGAGGUAGCUCUUCUUCCUGGGGGCAAGUACCUCGUCGCAUCUAUGGCCGACGUGAAGAAUUAUCAGUACUAUCUGGCCGUUUUUGAUGCCGACGAAACGCCUGAGACUAGAAAUAAUCUGUUAGCAAAGAUCAUUUUGCCUAGCAGAGCUUAUCAACUACGGGCUAGGUUUAUGCACUACCAAGGGGAGCAACGCAUCAUAGUAUUCUAUGUUCGACGAGGCUUCCCGUCGGGGGCGUUGUACAGCCAAGAUCCGUCGACGCUGAGCUAUGAUGUCAAUGACCUUGAGCACCCUCUGUCGUACGAUUGCGUUUGUACUUCUGUGGCGCUAGGCUCCUUGGCGUACCUUUCGGAUCCUGAUAAAGACAACACUUCAACCAGUUUUCGAGAGCACGCCAAAUCGCUCCCUAGUCCUUUCCAGUGGAACAGCACCGUCUGCUUUGGCGAAAUACGGCCGGAGCGUUCUUACCUAUGUCAGUACCUCGGUGCACCCUGCGCUGCUGUGUGCCACAGAAACCGGGUCGUCGUCAUCAACUUUAACACCCAACGCACGACGCACAUCAUAUGCCCGGAUAUCGGGCCUAACCCAAGGAUGCUCGCACUCAGAAUGCUCCCUGAUCAGGCCCAUAUUCUAGUUGUGCGGGCUGAUGCUCACGGGGGUUCUAUCGAGCUCUAUCCUAUACCUCAAGUCUCUGUACAGCAUACCACAUUCCCUUUGCAGCAGCGCAUUACUCGCCUCUCGACUAGCGGAAUCGACGCCGCAUACAUCUCCGACAUGUACAUGCCCAAGAACGCCAACGGUACUCCUUGGACAAAUUCUCCUCCAUGUAUAACUCCCCCAAUCUCCAUCUACUUGACGCAUUUCGAUGGUGUUAUCGGCACAUUUAAUCUGCAGCUGCACCAAAAUAUCAAAACGGAGUCGAUGGAGUACAAUUUGUACGAGGGCACCACGCUCAGGACGGUACGGAUUCCACCUGCUGGUCGUCCCAAUGUUCUUCCUGGGGCGUAUCGCCCUGUUGUGUACUACACGGACUGGUUCGACCGCACAGAAGCGCCUAAGAUUUCGUCCUGGUGGCGGGGAUACAAUAGAGCAAACAUGGAUUACGCUGAAGGUCUUUUCAAAGCCCCUCAGGCUACCCAUUACCCACCGAGGGAAUGGGAAGCAUUAUAUUCGUUGACCCAGAAUUAUUUAAAGGAAGAGCUGGAGAACGGCGCGCAGAGCUUGUCAUGGGAUGAAGGCUCUGGGAGAAUGUGUAUUAGCUCGUUAUAAGCCGUCGGACUGGUUGUUUGGUACGUUGCUGAUUCUGGAUUUUGGGAAGUACAUGGCAUAUCAUAUCAGAAAAGAGCUCAG